UUCGUAGUUUGCGCGGUUACGUUACGUCCUCCGGGAACACACCACCCUCUGCGGGGGGGUCGUCAGAGGUCUCUCCUCCGGGUCCAGGUCGCCCUGCCCGGUCUCCAAGGUAGAAGGCCCCUCUUUUCAUACGUGUUGAAGAUCUUCGCUGCAAGUCGUCGGCUUAACAGCGAAGAAGAAGAAGAAGCGGCGGUGCAACGGCCGUGAACGAGAACAACCACUUUGCUUGGAAUCGUGGCCGCCGUACGGUACUGAUCGCGCUGAUUGCGGUACCGCUAGUCUGUUUAAAGUGGAGAAAGUAGCGCCACUAAAUAGGAAAUCAAUUGAAGAACCAACCAACAAAAUGAGCUAACACCGGCCCCGGAACCGUUCGGUGGUGGUCGUGACUUAGCCCAGGGCUAAGCGCAGAGUUAGCGUGUGUGUGUUUGGAAGACAAGAAGAAGAAGAAGAAGGAAAAGAAGAUUAAGGUGAAGCUAAACAGUGAGACUCCAGUAGCAUGGCACCGGCCUUGAGUGGGGUCGCGACGGCCGUUUUCGUGGUGGCCAUAACCGGCGUGACGCUGGUCGUCCGCAAGCAUGCCGACGACGGACGGACCGCGGACCGGUACCGGACGUACGAGGAUUUCAGCAAGUUUGACGACACCGUCGAUAACCACCUGAUUGUGGAGGGCGAGGAGUACCGGUUGCGGGGUCCUCCGAAGGAUGGAUCUCCGUUCUACAGCCUCAGUCGGCGGUCCGCCCUCGAUGUGGACUAUGACGCGUACUUCCCGGACGAGGAGGACCUGCGGCGGAGUGAGUUCUAUCGGAACGCCAGCUACGUGCCGCGGUACUGGAACGCGUCCGGUUGGUUGCGGGUCGACGAGGUCGGUUCGGCCGGAAUCGACCACGAAAAGCGUGAGAAAGUCAAAGAGAUGAUGAUCCACGCCUGGGACAAUUACAAGCUGUACGCGUGGGGCAAGAACGAGCUCAAGCCCAUCACCAAGCGGGGCCACUCGGGCAGCAUCUUCGGGGCGUACGACCUCGGCGCCACCAUCGUCGACGGGCUGGACACGCUGUACCUGAUGGGGCUGCACAAGGAGUUCGACGAGGGCCGGGACUGGGUCGAGCGCAAGUUUUCGCUGGACAGCGUGAGCAACGAUCUGAGCGUGUUCGAGACGAACAUCCGGUUUAUCGGUGGAUUUUUGACGUGCUACGCGUUCACCGGCGAUCGGCUGUUCCUGGAGAAGGCCAAGUACGUGGCGGACAAGCUGCUGCCGGCGUUCCAGACGCCGACGGGGAUCCCGUACGCGCUGGUCAACGUCAAUACGGGGAUCAGUAAAAACUACGGCUGGGCCAGCGGCGGCAGCAGCAUCCUGUCCGAGUUCGGCACGCUCCACCUGGAGUUCUCGUACCUGUCGGACGUCACCGGCGAUUCCGUGUACCGGGAGCGCGUCCAGGCGAUCCGUACCGUCCUGAAGGACAUCGAAAAGCCCAAGGGUCUGUACCCGAACUACCUGAACCCGAAGACCGGCAAGUGGGGCCAGCAGCACAUGUCGCUGGGCGCCCUCGGGGACAGCUUCUACGAGUACCUGCUGAAGGCGUGGAUCCAGUCCGGCCACGAGGACGAGGAAGCCCGCGAGAUGUACGACGACGCCAUGCAGGCCAUCAUCCAGCACAUGAUCCGGACCAGCCCGGGCGGGCUAACGUACGUGUCGGACAUGAAGUUUGACCGGCUGGAGCACAAGAUGGACCAUUUGGCUUGCUUUGCCGGUGGCCUGUUCGGCCUCGGCGGCACCACCCUGAACAACCAAUACUCGGAAAAGUACCUGGAGGUGGGCGAAGGGCUCACCAACACGUGCCACGAGAGCUACGUGCGCACGUACACGCGGCUCGGCCCGGAGGCGUUCCGCUUCAACGACGGCGUCGAGGCGAAGGCCCUCAAAUCCCAGGAGAAGUACUACAUCCUGCGCCCGGAGACGUUCGAGAGCUACUUCGUGAUGUGGCGGCUGACGCACGACCAGAAGUACCGCGACUGGGGCUGGGAUGCCGUGAUGGCCCUGGAGAAGCACUGCAGAACGCCAAACGGCUAUAGCGGUUUGAAGAACGUGUAUCUGACGGAUCCUCAAAAGGACGACGUGCAGCAGAGCUUCUUCCUGGCGGAAACACUCAAGUACCUCUACCUGCUCUUCUCGGACGACUCGCUGCUCCCGCUGGACGAUUGGGUGUUCAACACGGAGGCACAUCCGCUCCCAGUUAAGGGCCGGAACUCGCUGUUCCGGGCUGCGGCAGCUUCAAGUGCGCCGUAAGCAUCAAAAAAAAACUCAAGAGACAACAACAACAAGAUGCACCACCCCCACUACUACUACUAAUUACCACUACUACAAAGCAUGAGGAGAAAAAAAGGUGAGGAAGAAGAAGGGUAACAGCAACAAACUAUCGCUACAAACCUGUUGUAGACACUAGUGAUGAGAGGGAGAGAGGAGUCGUUUCGUUGCGUGCAUGUGUGAGUGAGAAUGAGAGUGUGAGCGAACCUUCCUCGAUUGUGCGGAGGAAGCAAUUCCUUAAAACUUCUAACUAGCCAGUCUGACUGUGAAACUUAGCGCGAGUGUAUGGACACUACAUCUAUAUUAGGGUGGGUACGGAUUUUC